AUGUAUUCUUCUGAUCUAUAUACACAGGGUGACAUUACUUCCAUUCUACCGCCGUACGAAAUCGAACCUAAUGACAUCGUGAGUUUAUACUUGAAUGUUUCAGUUUUUCAUCGUUCUACGACUUUUGCUUUAGAAAUUCUGAAAUAUGAGAUCACCCACCAAGGAGACACAAAAGUAAUGAAUUUCCUUGCAAACGUUUUGAAAUGGUUUUUCAGAAAGUCACCAACUCUAGGUCCUUUUUCACUUAAAACUUACCACUAG